AUUUUCCUCAUUGUUAAACAAAGGUUGGAAUACCUUUUGUUCGUUAAUAAUUAACAUAAUUCUAAUAAAUUGCAUUUCAGAGUGUUCUAGUUUUUUGGCAUCGCUUCGUUGUGAGUGUGAACUGUAUAUAACAACGUACUUAAAUAGUGAUAUUUCACGUGUUCUAGUGCAUUCCGAUAUCCGCGCUGUUGGGCUGGCGCCUGGCUGGCUCGGACACCGCGCGCUCGCUGCGAGCUGUUGCUACGCGCUUGCACCGCUUGACUUUUUGCAGUUUUUACGCGCACCCUCACUCCGCUGCUUUUGUAUUAAUUUAAGUAAUCGUUUCAAAUCUUUAUUUUUGAACUUAAUUGCAUUGCAACUGUUGUUUUUCUAGCAACUCAUUUCAUCGCAUUGGUUCGUAUAAAUUACAUUUUAGCUAUAAACAAGCUGUCAGUGCCAACUUACACUGACACAUAUACUCAAUUAAUUAACUCAUUAUUUUGCCUUUAAUUUAUAAUUUUUAAAAUGGUUGAUAUUAAACCUUUAAUUAAAAGGCGUGCCUCAUUCAAAGCUAAGCUUACGCUGUUUGAAAGCCAUCUAACAACUGUCGAAAGUUGUGAUCGCUUGAGUAGAUUGCAAAUUUCUGAAUUAAAUCACCGUUUAUCAAAAAUUGAAGAAAUAUAUUCAGAAUUUGACUCCGUUCAGUGUGAUAUAGAGAACGAAUUGGAAAUUCCAGAUGAGCAGUAUAAAGAACGCGAGGCUUUCGAGAGCAAGUACUUCGGGCUCGUCGCGCGCGCGCGCGAGCUGCUGGCGGCGGCCGCGCCGGCGCCGGGCGCCUCUGCGGGCGGCCACGGCUCGGAGACAGGUUCUUGUGUUACUGCGAUUGGAGGUGGGACAAAACUUAAACUUCCUACUAUAGAUAUGCCUAGCUUCUCGGGCCAGUAUCAUGACUGGUUGGAGUUCCGUGACACAUUUAGUAGUCUCAUACAUUCAAAUGAUUCAAUUCCAAACAUUAAUAAAUUUCAUUACUUGCGCGCCGCGCUAAAGGGUAGUGCCGCGGUAGUGAUUCAAUCUUUAGAUUUUUCCAGCGAUAAUUAUACAUCAGCUUGGGAACUACUUUGCGAUCGUUAUAAUAAUAAAAGAUCUUUAGUGAACAAUCAUGUUCAGGCAAUUUUUAACAUAGAACAAUUGUCAAAAGAAUUGUCUAGAUCAAUAAGAAACCUUAUUGACACGAUAAAUAAAAACUUAAGAGCACUCAAAUCACUUGAUCUCCCUACUGAGCAUUGGGAUGUUCUCAUAAUUCAAAUAAUAUCAAGCAAAUUAGAUACAACUACACAUCAUAAAUGGGAAUCGUAUAGGAAUAAAUUAAAGGAGCUCCCUACACUUCAAAUGUUUAACGAUUUCCUUAAAGAUCGGGCUGACUUACUAGAAUCAACUGAAAUCUCUAAUAUAAAACGUCGGUCUAGCGACACUACGCACAGUCGACAGAAGGCGUUGACAGCUAAUACCUAUUCCCCCACUACUUCUCGCAAGUAUGCUUGUCCGUUUUGCAAUCAAGACCACGCACUGUAUCUAUGUCCUAAGUUUAAAACAUUAAAAUUACAAGCUCGCGUUGAUAAAGCUAAGGCACUCAAGGUUUGCUUAAACUGUUUACGCGUGGGCCACAAUGAAAAAACGUGUAGGCUGAAUUCGUGUCGCACAUGUGGAUUACAGCGCAAUAGUCUGUUGCAUGAACAUACAACUCCUGCGCCUUCGCCUUCGUCAAAUGACGUCGCGCUGCAUUCUUUGCCGCAGCCUGACGACGAUGAACAAUUUUCUAGUCCAGUUCAAGAAAUUUCUAUGUCAGCCGUAAAUAAUAAGAGCAUGCUACUGUCAACGGUCUUAAUUCAAGUGACAGACCACAGUGGUAAAAAACAAACAAUACGAGCGUUACUCGAUAAUGGUUCAACCGCGAGUUACGUUACUGAAAGUUUAUGCGCAAAAUUAAACUUACCUACUUCUUCAGCUCCGACAAUAGUCGACGGAUUAAAUUAUCAAACAUCACAUUUGUCAAAAAGUUGCGACGUACUUAUAUCGUCAUUACUCAAUGACUAUCAUGAAAAGGUGCCCUGUUUAGUAGCAUCACGUAUAACUCAACCGUUGCCAGUGUCUCGAAUUGACCGUACAACGUUAAACAUACCGCCACACAUUAGGUUGGCAGAUCCCACAUUUGAUGUACCUGCUCCAGUAGACAUGCUACUUGGAUCAGGAAUAUUUUGGUCAGUACUUGGUACUCAUAAAAUUCCAUUAGGUAAAAAUAAACCAACUUUAUGGGAAACCAAAUUGGGUUUCUUAGUUACAGUUUCAUCAGAACAAAGGUUACCAUCAAAAUUUAAUACAGUCCAUUGCAACCAUAACAUUAAUUUACACUUACAACAUUCUGAUAAACAGUUAAAUGAUCAAAUUUCUCAAUUCUUUGAAUUAGAAUCAGUUGCAACGCGUAAACAAAUUUCCAAAGAUGAGCAGGAAUGUGAACAGAGUUUUAUAGAUAAUACCACUCGGCUUCCUGACGGUCGUUUCGAAGUGACGAUCCCAUUAAAGGAGACGCCAGAUAAACUUGGCGACUCUUAUGAACGAGCUCUGUCCAGGUUCAUCUCGUUGGAGCGUCGAUUCAAACGUGAACCACAUUUUAAAGAGCAAUAUUGUAAAUUCAUUAAAGAAUAUAUUGCAUUAAAACACAUGUCAUUAAAUGAAAACCCCGAAAAUGAUACUCAUUCGUACUUAUUUGCCCACCAUGGGAUUUUGCGCGAGUCUAGUUUAUCUACGAAAUUGAGGGUCGUCUUCGACGGAUCUAUGGCAACGACAUCCGGCGUAUCCUUCAAUCAAAUUCAAUUGGUCGGUCCGACAGUUCAAGACGACCUUAUAAGCAUACUUAUAAGAAUGCGCCAGCAUAAGUUCAUUGUUACCGCGGAUGUUGAAAAAAUGUAUCGAAUGAUCAAUGUUACACAAUCCCAACAAUCGCUUCAACAAAUUUUAUGGCGUUUUGAGCCCUAUGAGCAAUUACAACAAUAUAAACUACAUACAGUUACCUAUGGUACUGCGUCGGCUCCUUUUCUCGCGACAAGGUGCUUGACACAGUUAGGUAUUGAAUGUCCCGAUAAGAAGGUCUCAGAAGUCAUACAACAUGACUUCUAUGUUGACGAUUUAAUCACUGGGGCAUCCUCUGAAUCGGAUCUCAUUAGUAUUUGCAAGGGUGUAAUAACUCAAUUAGAAAGUGGUCAAUUUUAUCUACGUAAAUUCAAUUCAAACAGUGCUCACAUUGUGACCGAAAUCAUCGGCCAAAGUAAUGGUGACGAAUUACUUAAUUUAUGUGACAAUGAAUAUUCAAAAACAUUAGGCUUACUCUGGUCUUCUAAAGAUGACAGCUUAUUAUUUUCAGUUAAUCUUGGCGAGAAUAACUACGUAACCAAACGUACAAUACUUUCAAUGAUGUCACAAAUUUUUGAUCCAUUAGGUCUUGUUAACCCAUGUGUACUUUUAGCAAAAACAAUUCUUCAGACGUUAUGGGCCGCAAAGAUUUCGUGGGACGAGCCUGUGCCGUCAGAAAUAUCAAACAUGUGGUCUAAAUUCGUAUCGUCAUUACGUACCAUAAACAAUAUUCGUAUCCCUCGAUGUGUCUUGAUCGACUGUCCUUUAUCAGUAGAACUUCAUACAUACAGUGAUGCAUCUACACAAGCUUACGCCGCCUGCGUUUAUUUACGUAGCGUUGACAAUAAUAAUGUAUCUGUCCAUUUAGUGGCAGCAAAAAGUAAAAUUUCGCCUUUGAAACCUGUGCUGACUGUACCGAAACUCGAAUUGGCCGGUGCGCUCUUGGCUGUACGGCUAGCAAAUAAAGUGAAAUCAGCACUCAGAAUUAAAAUAACCACUUGCACCUAUUGGUGCGACUCUACUAUAGUUCUCGGAUGGAUUCGUUCACCUAGAGCUCAUCAGCUAAAACCAUUUGUGUUUAACCGAGUCAGUGAGAUAUGCGACUCAACUGAUCCAAACAGUUGGCGCUAUGUGCCUACAAAAUGCAACCCUGCCGAUAUAGGUUCUCGCGGCGCAGACGCCAAACAAUUAGAAAAUUGCAGCUUAUGGUGGUCAGGUCCGCCCUAUUUACUUCAAGACGAACACUCUUGGCCUAAACAGCCAUUACAUUUACAAGAUACUGAUUUACCAGAGUUCAAGGUCAUAUGCAACUUAAAUGCAAGCCAUACUGAUCACACAUCAGAUUUUGCUGAGUUUAUGAAGCGGUUUUCUAAUUUCAGUAAGCUUCAACGUAUAAUCGCAUACGUUCAUCGGUUUAUUCACAACUGUCGUAACCCGCAAAACAAGCACACUGGUUACAUAAAAAUUUAUGAACUAAACUUGUCCUUGAAUUCAAUGUGCAGAUUCGUUCAGCUUGAAAGUUUUAUCUCAGAAUAUGACUUAUUAAAAAACAAAAGGCAAUUGUCUGCCAAUAAUAAAUUGCUACAAUUGAAUCCAUUUUAUAACACAAAUGAUAAACUGUUACGAGUAGGUGGCAGGCUCUGUAACUCAUUUUAUGAUUAUGACACUAAACACCCAAUUUGCUUGAUUCAAAGCAUCAUUUAGCCACUUUAAUAUUUAGACACUAUCAUACUAUGUUUUUACAUGCACCUCCGCAACUAUUACUUGCAAUAUUGCGUCACAAAUUCUGGUUUAUCAAUGGUCGUAACCUGGCGAGAAAAAUUGUUGAAAACUGCAUUAGAUGUCGUCGUUAUGCAGGCAAGAGCAUUCAACCCAUAAUGGGCAAUCUUCCUUCACCACGGCUACAUACUGACUAUGUUUUUGCUAAUACCGCGUGUGACUACGCCGGACCAAUCAUGAUACUGAACCGAAGAGGUCGAGGCAGUAGACUGAUAAAGUCGUACCUCUGCAUAUUUGUUUGUCUGGCCGUAAAAGCAGUUCACAUAGAACUUGUAACCGAUUUAAGUAGUAACACUUUCCUCUCAGCACUAGAUCGAUUCAUCGCCCGCAGAGGAAAGCCUCAAAAUAUUUUCUCAGACAGUGGGACUUGCUUCACAGGCGCAUGUAAUGAGUUGUCUAAUUUCUUAAAAUCAAACAGUAACUACAUCAGCUCAAAAGCAUCUGAGUUGUUCAUAAACUUUAAAUUUUCACCAGCAUAUAGUCCACACUUUAAUGGAUUGGCCGAGGGUUCCGUAAAAUCUGUAAAAUACCACCUAAAAAGGGUCUUAGGUUUAGCCCACUUAACAUAUGAAGAUUUAAAUUCAGUUCUCACUUCCAUCGAGGCUACCCUUAAUUCUAGGCCUCUCACCCCAUUAUCAUCCGACCCUUCAGACCUUACAGCACUCACCCCCGCUCACUUCUUAAUCGGACGAACGCUAACGAUGUUGCCUUCUCCUCAGAGCUCUGACCCUGCGGCGAUACCUACUCUCUCACGAUAUAUGAGGAUUCAACAAUUAAAAGCCCAUUUCUGGUCCCGAUAUUAUAUAGAAUAUAUUA